AUGAGUCUCUUAGGUCAUGUUGAUCACCCUGCAUUUAAUAUUAUCAAAUACAAACUGCGGCCAGUGUCUGUGUGGAGUUGCGACCGCGGUAUUCAAGAUGUUGCUGCGAAAGAAUACCGUAAAAGAAAGUUUCGCGGUAAACUGUUCAUGCGUUAAUUAUCGGUCAUUUUGCUACGCGAGAUUCACAGACGAUACGCUGAUGAGAGCCACAACAUUUUCUGCCGUGUAAAAUAUUACACAGAUAUCCGGCUGGAAUUGCUCAAAUUAGGUUAUGAAAAAAAAAAAAAAAACCUUGAGCAAUAGUGUUCUGUGAAGCGGACAUUUUCUCCCCUCCGAGUCUAUUUCGCGUUACAGAAACAUUGUUUAUAAAACAUUUAUCAAUCGAAUACUGGAGCACACUAAUACUAUACUAUUCCAAAAAAGAAAAUAUUGAAAUUUGAGCGUACAAACGGUAUGAGUGGAUGUUGAACGAAGAAACGCCGAAAAAAACGCCAUUGUUUUUGAUAGGCAAUUGUGCCAUACAUAUUCAUAGAAAUUAUGGUCUGGCUUCAUUUGCAGGCGAAUCUGUAAUAGAAAUAUUCGAAGCUAAAAAACAUCACCCUCUCGCAUAAACAAGGUGAAAUUUUAAUAUUGAAAUAAAUUUGACGGUGCUAACAGGUUUUUUCAGAUUUAUUCAUUACAAGUGUGGAAUUUGUACAGUAAAUGCAGUUCAAAGAAGAAAAAGCUAGAAUCACGGAUUGAGACGUAUGGGGUAACCGUGAGAUGUCGAGAUUUCGUGACAGAGUAACAAACGAACAGUUUUCAAAAGAACUACAAGGAAAACGAUAACUUUGGUAACUUUUUGGUACAUGGCUUAGUAUUAUAUGUAUAAUAAUAUGAUAGGUCACAAACCGUGAGCAUGGUAAUUUGUUGAUCUAAAUUAUAUUGUUGUGGGUUGCGUAGAAAGUACAAGGAUGAAAUAUUUUCGAGAAACGUUGAAGGCCAUGGGAACGAAAAGUUGUCGAGAAGAGAAUCGAAAGAGAUUCGAGUUUCGUCAUGAGAAGCCGACCAAUCGAAAUAUUAAAGACCGCAAGAAGAAGGCGCGUAGACGAAUAUGCCAACAAGUUUGGUCGAAUCAAUCGCUCUAA